UUUAGGUUUUUUUUUUUUAAACAUAGACGUUUUAUGUUCUCGUACUGAAUGGUUCUUGUUCGACAGGAUAUUUAAAGGAUAUUAAAGAUAUUUCACACUGAAAUCUAUUGCUAAAGAAAGAUAAGCGGAUUCCCGGAUGUUGUGAGAAAGCGAGGCCCAGUUCUCCUUCUACACACGUGUAAAUAUCUCAGCGGUUUUAGGCACUGAACGUGUGUAGGAUUGAGCUGAUUUUAGUCAUGUUCGGCUCUUCGAGAUCUGGAGGGGUGAGAGGCGGUCAGGACCAGUUCAACUGGGAUGAUGUUAAAGUGGAUAAACACAGAGAGAACUACUUGGGGAAUUCCCUCAUGGCACCGGUUGGACGGUGGCAGAAAGGCAAGGAUUUGACCUGGUAUGCUAAAGAUAAGAAGAGUGGCAAGGCUCUGACUAAAGAGCAGGAGAUGGAGGCUGUACGCGAGGCAGAGCACGAGGCAAUGCUGGCGGCACUAGGUCAUAAAACCAUCAAAAGGCAGCCAACUGGCCUUACCAAAGAGGAUCUAGCGGACGUGUGCAGGAGGGAAGGAGAGGGCGAGGAGCAGGACGUGGACAGGGUUUCUGGACUCGGAAGCUCCCGGUCCGGGCCCAGAGGAAUGCCGCUCUCCAGGCAGGAAAAAGAGGCCGUCAAAAUGGGUUUGCCAGUUUUCACGCAUCACAAAUCUGAAAGAUCGCAAGAAGCCAGUCAGAUGCCAGAGGAGGACAGCAAACCUGAUAAAGCAGAUAAAAGGUCCGACAGUAAAAAGAAGAGCAAGAAGGAAAAGAAGAGCAAGAAGGAGAAGAAGAAGAAAAAAGAGAAAAGGAGGCACAGAAGCAGGAGCGACUCUUCUGAUUCGGACUCUGAAAUCUACAGUAAGAGGCGGAGAAAAGAUCCCCGGGACCACCACAGUCCUAAUCCAUCAAGGAGCAGUCAGAGUGGAGCCGGAGCCCGUGACAGGCAUUCAGGAGGGGGGCCAAAGGCCGAGCGCAGGACCCCGACCCCCCCUCCACAGCGCCACCGCCGCCGCCACGACACCGACUCGUCCUCUGAGGGACACAGCGCUGGACGGCGGACCCCUAAACAAACCCACCGGCGGCGCCAUGAUAGCAGCUCAGAUCACUGAUGCCCGUUUCUGUCAUGUUUUUCAGACUCAAGCCAAUCACGGAGCACAGAUUUACAUGCAGAACGUUCAUCUUGGUGCAUUCCAGU